AUAUGUCAUCGUGGAAGGUUGUGUUACGUUGGUGUGAUAUUUUUUUUAAAAGUUAUUUUUUGUACUCCUCCUUUUUGUAAUGGCUGAUUUGCGUGAACAGCGCGUGCCCGUCAAGUUUUGCUUCCUGCUCGGGAAAAUAGGCACAGAAACCUUUGAGAUGUUGAAAACAGCUUACAAAGGUGAUGCUUUAGGGAAAACUCAAGUAUUUUAGUGAUUUUCCCGUUUCAAAAUUGGUGAAAUGUCGAUAGAUGACCAAGCUCGCUCUGGACGCUCUGCUUCUUCGACAGCGCGAACCAACGAAAAUGUAGAAAAAAUUCACAAAAUUAUCCUGGAAGAUCGAAGUCAAACCAUCGAAGAAGUAGUGGAGAAAUCUGGUGUGACAUGGAGUUCAGUACAGAGAAUUUUAAGUGAAAAUUUGGGGAUGAGACGGGUGGCUGCAAAAUUUGUUCUUCGACUGCUAACUGAGCAGCAAAAGCAAGGCCACGUGGAAUCAUGCUCUUCUUUGAAAGAAGAAUUCCAAAAUGACCCAAACUUCUUUUCCAAGAUCAUUACAGGUGACGAAUCAUGGUGCUAUGGAUAUGAUCCUGAAACCAAGCAACAAUCGAGCCAAUGGAAGACUCCAGCAUCGCCUCGCCCUGAAAAAAGCUCGUCAAGUGAGGUCAAACAUUAAGACAAUACUCAUUUGUUUUUUUGAUGUGAAAUUGAGAUUCGGAGUUUGUUCCACCUGGUCAGACAGUUAACCAGGCAUUUUACCUAGAGGUGUGAAACAGAUUACGCAACAGUUUGAGGCGAAAAAGACCUGAUUUGUGGCAGUCAGGAGACUGGUUUUAUCAUCACGACAAUGCACCUGCUCACACAGCCCUUUCUGUCUGGCGGUUUUUGACCAAAAAUGAUAUGACCACUGUGUCCCAUCUACCCUAUUCACCCAACCUGUCUCCCUGCGACUUCUUUUUAUUCCCCAGAAUGAAAAGGAACAUGAAAAGAAAGCGUUUCGCGGACAUUGAUGAAGUUAAAAAAAAACGACAGAGGCGUUGGCAAGUAUCACAAAAGAUGAGUUUAAAAAGUGCUUCGAAAAUUGGAACAAAAGAUUGGACAGGUGCAUUAACUCCAACAGAGAGUACUUUGAAAGAGAUUAAAUGUUUUUUGUAA